UGAGCGUCCAAAACUGUUUUUGGGUUCCACUGUAAUUGAAAAAAGAAAAAAUUUACUCUCAAAUUCGCAGAGAAGUCCAACAAGCUCCAUUCUCACCUGCUACACUGAUCUUAGCGAGCUAGCUCACACUCUCACAUCAGCAAUUGAACACAUUUGAUUGCAGGAUGGAUGAACCUGCCUGAAUUCCAGGAAGAAAAAGGAUUCUGAGUAGUGAUUGGUGGUGUUUAUUUGGUGUAAAGAUUUGAAGCAGAGUGUGAAAAGGAGAUUAUUCAAGAAAUGGUUCGAGGGACAUAUAUGAGCAUUUUGGCAACGUCUAGAUAUUGUGGUAGUGUUAGCGGACCUACAUGUGUUUCAAGAAGGUAUCUUGGACAUUUUGGUGAAGGCUCAGUAGUGUUUGGCAUGGUAGGUCAAUGUUGUUGGAAUCAAUAUAGAAAACGGAUAUCUUUUGUUCAACAACACACUGAUAUUGCACGAGGACGGGAUUUGAGAGUUAAGGCUGGACGGCUCUUCAAAGGGGACGAACACGAGGAGUCUGCCGGUAUUGAGCGGAGCGAGAGUGCCAAUGAGGACAUAUUGAUGCUCAUUUUCCAACUGGAUAUGACAAUGCAAGUUCAGUGUGCUCUCAAUUUGGAGCAAUACGACAUCGCAAAAAAACUAAGGGACAAGCUCACCAAGGUUGAAUCAGAAGUUAUGAAGGACAAAAAAUUUAGACGGGGAUCAGCCUCAAAGAAUGACGUUCAAGAUAUGGCUUUUAGAAUCUUGCGCUUGCGUGCAGACCUGCUGUAUGCGGUUCAAAGUGAAAGCUACAGUGUGGCUGCCAAUAUUCGAGAUCAAAUUUCCAAAAUUGAGUCUGAAUCAGUGGCUGCAUCAGUGAGAGCCCAAGCUUACGAAGGUGCUCAAUAUGCAUUCCGUUUGGGUCAGAGAGUGAAGCACAAGGUGUUUGAAUAUCACGGUGUUAUAUGCGGGAUGGAUCCGGUGUGCUGUGAAUCAACUUCAUGGAUGGAGAAUGCCAAGGUUGAAAUGUUGUCCCGCGGUCCUGACCAGCCUUUUUAUCAGGUGCUAGUCGAUCUCUCUGCAGACACAAAUCUGUUAGUUACAUAUGUGCCUGAGGAGAAUUUGGAUGCCGUGAGCGAACCAGAAAGGAAUGUGUUCUAUCACCCCUACAUUUCCUUGUUAUUUUAUGGGAUGGACGCUGCGGGAGAUUUCAUCCCUAUCAAAGAGCUGCGAGAGAAGUACAAGAGGCCACGACACGAGCUGCCCAAUGACGAAGAAGAUGAGAAACCCAGAGAAGAUGCUUAAACGGCUAUCAUUUCGGUUAUCUUUAGUCUGCUGUAGUUACAAACUUACAACCUCUCUUCUGAACACUUGUGCAAGUAAGUGUUGUUUUUGGACUUCUCACCAUAUAUCAGUUACUUGCCCUGUAUUGAUGGCUUUCUAGUUGAAAUGUUGUUUCAAUAUGAUUGUGGUUUCUUGGGAGUUAUGUGUAUUUAUAUUGAGAUGAAGCUAAUGAGACUCUUUGUACAACUAUCACACAUAUAGAUGUGAAUAAUUUUUAAGCACCAUG